GCCAUUGGAACUUUGCCAGCUUGACAACACCUUUGAUUUCUACCACAAUUCCUGCAAUAGUGUCUGUUCUUCAUCUCACCAAAACCAGACAACAAAAGAAACACACCCUUCAAAGGAAAAAGUAAAAAUUUUAAAUCAAAAGGGUGAAAGAGAGUGAAAGAGAAAAUGGGUUCCAAUGCCUUCUUCUCUUCCAUUCUCUAUUGUUUCCUCCUAGCCACAUCUGCCUCUGCUGCUCCAUUCAUUUCUGAUCAUAUAUUUGAGACUGAGGCAUCCACUGGUCGUGCCCUCCUACAGGCUAAGAAAGCUUGUAAAGUUGACUUUGAGAACCAAAACUAUACAGUGCUGACAAGCCAAUGCAAGGGACCCCAGUAUCCACCGAAGGUGUGUUGUGAUGCUUUCAAGCAAUUUGCUUGCCCUUUUGCUGGUGACAUCAAUGAUUUGUCAACUAAUUGUGCAGAAGUUAUGUUUAGCUACAUAAACAUCUAUGGCAAAUACCCUCCUGGUCUCUUUGCCAAUGAGUGCAAAGGAGGAGAGCUUGGUCUUGACUGCUCUAAUGUCAAACCAGCCAAUCAAUCUUCAACUUCUCACACCAUUCAUCUUCCUCCUCCUCAUUUUAUCUCACUCAUCUCUAUUGCUUUUUUCCUCAUCUUCUUAUUAACUUCUUUCUCAGCCUUGUACUAACACAACCUUGUACUAAGGCAGGGAAUCUUCCA